AUGGAAGCUAUUGUUAUUGCUCUUUCAUGUGCGAUUAUGCUGGGACCGCGAUUGGGUAGAUAUGACCAUGGAACAGACCCAUUACCACUUGGUUGCCCAGUUAACGCUAUAAUGGGCUUAUUUGUGUUAUGGUGGGGUUGGUUAGCAUUUAAUAGCGGCAGCACAUACGGGGUAAGUGGCAUGCGAUGGAAGUAUGCAGCUAGAGCGGCUCUCACCACAAUGCUUGGUAGUAUAGGAGGGGGUUUGGUAGGUUUAGCAUUCAGCUUGAGUAAUCCCAAAGGCAUUGAUAUUCUCAGUCAAAUAAAUGGUAUUUUGGGUGCUUUGGUUGCCAUUACUGGAGGAUGUUUCCUUUACAAGGCUUGGGAAUCAAUACUGAUUGGAAUGAUAGGAGGAUUUAUAACGUGCUUUACAAUGCCGUUAUUGGAUAAAAUAGGCAUUGACGAUCCAGUUGGGGCAUCAGCUACACAUGGUGCAAGUGGUUUUUGGGGCGUCAUUGCUAUAGGCUUAUUCGCUGAUGAUCCACAUCCUCUUGACACAACCAACGGACGCAAAGGUUUGUUUAAAGGUGGUGGUUGGUAUUUAUUAGUUAUUCAAACUGCAACAGCAUUAUGUUUGACACUUUGGAGCUUCAUUUCAUCGUUCUUUCUAUUAUGGGUAAUAAAUAAAAUUCUCCCUAUCAGAAUGAGCGCAAACGAAGAAUUACUUGGCGCUGAUUUAGUUGAGCACCGGAUCCGACAUACACAAGUAUAG